CAUUUCCUCGAGGUAGCAACAUUCGUAGUAUUGGGAGACAAGUUAACGCCAUCAGAUUAGCAUUAGUUACACCUCAAAACCCUCAGUCUGUUCUUGCGCCUCUCAUUCUUUCGCCUCUGCUUCAUAGGUUUUACGUUUUCCCCGCAGUAAACAGCUUACUUCAAGAUUUUCUUUCUUUAAACGUACAAAAGGUUCUAAUGGCUGCUCCUUCCGAGAUGGAAAAAGAACAGAUAUUUUCUAUGGCAGAGAAAGAGAUGGAAUAUAGAGUGGAGAUGUUUAACAAGCUUACACAUACAUGUUUCAACAAAUGCGUGGAGAACAAGUACAAGGACUCGGAGUUGAACAUGGGUGAAAACAGUUGUAUUGACAAAUGUGUUUCAAAGUACUGGCAGGUGACUAACCUAGUGGGGCAGCUUCUUGGGAACACUCGACCUAUGUAACAGUUUUCCAUUGUCUACCUCGUGGUGUUUGCAUAAUCUGUCAGCGAGAAUAGGAAGGAAGAAAUUGAUAAUGCUUGUUUUAUUGAGUGGUGACAGCUCGAAUACGUUUUACUAUCUAUAUAUUUAGCAUUCUGUUACUUUUUUACUCCUUGAAUAGGAAAGAUGAUCUGAAGCAAUGUCUAAUGACUCUAUUAAUGAUUUUUGUGUUGCAAUAAAGCAGAUAUCAAUGGUUUAGUAAAUAGGUUGCUAGGUUUUUGUUCACCCUA